GGAUAUAAAUAUUCCGGCAUCAGGUCGGAACUUCAACCAGUUGCAGAGUUAUCGUCAACCGGAAUCAACAUGAACAACAAGUUCAUCUUACCUACCAUCAUUGCUGUAGUGUGCUGCUGUGCAUCGAUGAUGGUCCUAUCGGUGCCACUGGAUGGCACUCCUUGUGACGUGAAUCCACCUUGUAACAAGACGGAAUGCCCUGGCGCAUUUGAGGAAUACAGCUGCGACUACGGAUGCUACGAGCCCACAUGUGCAGUUCGAACACGGAACAUCCAGUGCUUUGUGAGUGGGAAGGGAUGCAUUUGCAAGCAAGGAUACAUCCGAGCUUAUGAUAAUGGUCCAUGCAUUCCGGUUGGUGAUUGCCCUUGUUAAGAUGGAGCUCUUUGAUGGAGAUGUGAGUCGUUAUGUAUGGUAGUUGUGCGCAAUUCUUGUAUACAAGUCGAAAGCUCUGAACGAGGCAUGCGCAUUUCGAUCCAAAGUGCUUAAAGCUAUAAUGAUGGUUUAUGAUUUUGAGGAAAGAGGGACUAGGUAACUUAAAAAUUCUUAGAUUUGACCAGAGAUAAAAAACACUAUCUGAAAGAAAUAGAAAACAUGGGAACAUGCGCUACUUAGUAGCGGAUCGUAAUCUAUACUUUUCAUUUCAUUUACAUACAUUAAUUUGCAGAGAAAUUGCACCUCUUUCCGUUAUUAACAGUAAGUGGAGUGCGGGGGAGCGAUGAAAUACAACCCACAGC